AUGGAUCUGCGCUGGAUGAUCCUCCCGGUGUUUCUGGUGUUUCUGGUGUUUGUUGAGGCCGAGAACUUGACCGUAGUCAAGGCAAAGCUGGGUCAAAACACCGUCUUUACCUGCUCGGGGGACAUUAAAGACACAUACUGGUACAUAGAGAUACGCAGCCAGGUCAAAGGAUUAAUCGCCCAGACCUUCUCAAUGGAUCCCAGUGAUACCUGGUAUGACAUUCAUACAACUUUGAAAACCAAAUAUGUUGCCAAGGGAAACGUAUUUGAGAUUACAAACAUCACAGCAGAGGAUUGCCGGCUUUACUUCUGUGCCAGAAAGGAAGGAGGCAACAUCAUUUUUAAAGACACUUUUCUCCUCAUUUCAGAUGAGCCUAUAACUCCGUCCACCAACAACAGCUCUGAAGGAAAUGACCUGCAGCAGCAGAACAGCUGCAUACUGUGCCAGAGUGAAGUCAUUUACAGCUCGUUGGCCCUGAAUAUCCUCUUCAUCUUAGUGAUAAUAGGUUUGGUUUUAACUCUUCUGUGUUUGAAGAGGAAGAAGUGUAACCAUCAGGGGACUGAUCCGUCAUCUUUCACCUAUGAGAACCUGCAGAGGAAGAAGUGUAACCGUCAGGGGACUGAUCCGUCAUCUUUCACCUAUGAGAACCUGCAGAGGAAGAAGUGUAACCGUCAGGGGACUGAUCCGUCAUCUUUCACCUAUAAGAACCAGCAGAGGAAGAAGUGUAACCGUCAGGGGACUGAUCCGUCAUCUUUCACCUAUAAGAACCAGCAGGUAAACAAACUACUGCUAUCUAUACUGAAGAAGUGUAACCGUCAGGGGACUGAUCCGUCAUCUUUCACCUAUAAGAACCAGCAGAGGAAGAAGUGUAACCGUCAGGGGACUGAUCCGUCAUCUUUCACCUAUAAGAACCAGCAGAGGAAGAAGUGUAACCGUCAGGGGACUAAUCCGUCAUCUUGCAUCUAUGAGAACCCAGAGACUAUGGAGAUGCCAAAGUACAAGGAGAUCCAGCUGAGAAAAUUUCCACCAGCUGUUGCUUCUUCAGAGACUAUUUACUGCUGGCCUCAGCUGCCUCCAAACCCCAGAAAGAAAGAAAAAGACAAAAACAAACAGACUUCUGGUUGAUACAGAAGAAAACGUGGAAACCUGACGAGUUGCUGGGGUCCCGAUCUUGGAAAGACCGACUUAAACAUGGUUUUAAAUUUGUUUUUAGUUUCUUUCUUCGGUCCAGUUGUUUGCAGAUGAUGAACUCCUAAAUAUAACAAAAACACUCCGAAUCACAUGCAUUCAAGUCUAAUGUUUCUCCACUUUUGGUUUUCAGAUAAAUUAUCUUCCUUAACUAGUGCUGUCAAACGAUUAAAAUAUUUAAUCGCGCUCAAUCGCAUUAAUGUCAU